AUAAUUAUAAUAAAAAAUAAGAACCAAUCAAACAUUAAUAAAAGAAAAAACAAAAGUUUAUAUUUGUACAUUUAUACCCUCUUCCAAGGCAGUGCACUACGCAAUCCAACAUGGCGGCAGCUCUCAGACUAGCGGCAAAAGGGUGCUGGGCGGCCGGCCCGAGGCCAGCCGUGCUGCAGGGGCCCCUCGUCACUCAGUGGACACGCGCAGUGUUCACCUCUCCCUCGGCGGCUGCCCUCAAGUCACAGUCGGCUGAAGACUACUGGGCCAAGAACAAGCGGCUGCGUCGGCCUGUGUCACCCCACCUGACCAUCUACAAGCCACAGAUCACCUCCAUGCUCUCCAUCACUCACCGCGGCACCGGUCUUGCUCUCUCCGCACUCGUCUCUGGCCUCGGCAUUGGUAUGGUAGUGCUGCCUGGCUCCUAUCCUCACUACCUGGCCAUGAUACAGGCCAUGCAGUUUGGCGGAGGCAUCAUCAUGGGUGCAAAGUUCCUCAUUGCUCUGCCCUUCAUGUUCCACCUCUGCAAUGGCGUCCGUCACUUGGUGUGGGACCUGGGCUAUGGGUUCACCCUGCGUGCCCUGUACAAGUCAGGGUACCUGGUGGUGGCUGUGUCGGUGGUACUGGCAGCCAUUGCAGCUGCCAUGUAAACCAUCUGGGACCUGGACCAAGACUGCUGGUAUUCUGUCCAAAUUAAUUUAUUUUUGUGAAUUUCCAAGUUGUUCUGUCUUUGUUUAUGUGUAAAUAUUUGAGUUCAAAGAGUCACAAGGAUCGUGCCUCUAGCACAAUGAAGUAACUUUCUGACUCUGAUUAUGCAGAUGAACAUGAGACACACAGCUAAUCAAUUAAGUGAAUACUGAACACACAGCAUCAGUAAAUAUGAGAAUAAAACAAAACUCAAGUUUUGUCAUUAAAUUACAUGGCUCAUAAAGGUGAUAUGUAUAUAUAUAUAUAAUAUAAUAAAGAGUUUAAGAUUUGUUUUGAAAA